AUAGACUAUAAAAUCAUAGGCGUGGUCCGCGUGGAAGUAAUAACAUAACACAAACAGAAAAAACUCUUUCCUCUUUGAAGUUCAACGAACUGAAUCAUGGCGGUAUCUCACGUCCAGCCUAUGCUUAUUCUACUCGUAUCCCUCUUCUCCUUACCUGCAUUACGUGCCGUCGAUUUCGAAUACUGCAACAAAAGUGGAUACGAUUUCGGUAACGUCACUCAUGUGGAGAUAUCUCCAAACCCGAUUGGGCCUGAAGACUUCGAGCUAAGCAUUACGGUAUUCGGUUAUGCAAAGAAAAGCAUCGACUCUGGAUCCAUAGAGGUGUACGCUAAAUCAGAAAAAGUUACCGACCUUCUAAGACGUCAGGCAUGCGUUAUUGAAGCUGGCACCAACUUUGUGUUACCUCUUUCCGAAGUUCCUAAGGAUGUACUGGAGGGUGAAUACAAAUAUGUUGUAGCUUUGCUUGAUAAAGAUGUGGGAAACUCUGAAGAGCCAGCAGAGAGAAUGUGUGUCGACUUCAGUUUACCUACUUCAGUUCUCACAUUGGUAUCUGCUUAGUCAAGUUGGAAGGUGGAAAAUAUGUUUAUACUCUCUCUCGACUUGCAUGUUUUCCCAUUUUUAUGUUGUGCAACAAAUAAAAUAAAAUCCUUAACCGAGAUUGAUCUCUCUCUCUUGUAUUUUUUGGGUUGGUUCCUAUGAACAUGGCACGUCACUGGUUUUCCCCUAAUCCU